UAUCGACUCCUGUCGAAUAACCACUUUGGUACAAGUGGCAAUGGAGGAAGGACUUAGCCUGGAGCAAUUGAAGGAGCUGCGGCGGUUUCUGCUACUAACCAUUUACAAGGACACUCUUAAUCAGUUGGUAUUGCAGCAGCGAUCCCAGCGUCUAAAUGCCAGGAACCCUAUAUCCCUGCCUGCUUCUCUCCGGCGGCGCCGCAGCUCAUCGAUGGGCGGUCACGAAAAGCAGGAGCACAUUCUGAUUACGGGCAAAGUCCUGCCACGGCUAGAGUCCCUUCUGGGUGAUGCCGAGGAUGAUGCCGAUCAACUGGACGAAGAUGUUUUAAAUUCUUUAAAGUUUGAACGAGAUAUGGAUGCCCUGCGAACAAUUUUCGAAGCAGCCAUUAAUGAUCAGGAGUUGCAGGAGAAAAAAACUUGCCUGGAUGUCAAGGAUAAGAGGAUUCCGGUGGAGGAAAAAGGAGCUGAAGAGAAACCUCUGGAAAUUCCAGAGCAGCAAAUUGAUUGGCAGAAACAAGCCUCCACCGAUGAUGAGUGCCCGGAUAUGUAUGAAAAGAAAAUCAAAGAUGAGGAAGAACAGGACUCAGCUCCAGAAGAUAAAGAGUCCAAAGAUGGUAAAAAAAUCUUACCUCCAGAAGAUAGAAGUUUAGAAAUCUUGAAGCAAGCUAUCUACGCUUUGGCUGGCAAUAAAAGCGAAGUAUCCCAGGCGUCCCAGAAGCUGCAGGAAUCCAAGGACGAGCUUAAACAGCUGCGGGAGGCUCUGGACACCGAGAAGCGGGACACCAAGGCCAAGCUGGAGGAUCUAGAGGAGCGGAUCGCAGACACCAAGUACAAGCUGCGCUGUGUAUCCAGAGUGAACGACCUUGAGUACAGUUUGGUGCAGCGCUGGGAGGAAGGACGUCUGGCUCAGGGUACUAUUUGGGGCGAAAACGCGGAGCGGGCAUAUUUGCGGGACAUUCUGGACCUCAAACAACGAAUCGCCCGGGAGGAGCGUGUGAGCUGCGAGCUCCGAUCCUUUCGCCAGCGGGAAAUCCAGGACAUGAGGCAACAGAUCGAGGAGUGGAAGGAACGGUACGUCAGCGAAAUGCGGCGAGUGGAGCGUGAAACCGAAGCUUGGGAGCUGCGCAUCCUGGAGCAGAAAAAGCUGCUGGUACGGCACCGCGAGAUCUUUGCCGAGCGGAUGUCGUUCGUGCAGGAGUACAGGGCCCAGAAGGCGGAGGAGCAGCGACUGCACGAUCUGCAAGUGCAUCGCAUCAACUGUGCCGUAAGACUGCAGGCCUGGUGGCGCGGAACUAUGGUUCGCCGGGGACUGGGACCUUUCAAGAAGAAGCCCAAGCGGGGCAAAAAGGGCAAGCCUAAAAAAUAGAUCUUUAAAUGAUUUUCAAGAAUAUCAU